UUAGAAGGUACUAGGAGGAGAGGCUUGGAAGGGAAACCGGGGAAGAUUUUGCUGCUGGCCAAGGAUUGGAAACGUCUGGAGGAACAUGUCUAAUGAGAUUGACUUCAGGUCUGUGCGCCUUCUGAAGAACGACGGGAUGGGCUUCCAGAAAUACUCCUGCAUGAAUGAAGACGAAGCCUGGAAGAGCUACUUGGAGAACCCCCUGACAGCAGCCACCAAGGCGAUGAUGAGGGUCAACGGAGAUGAUGACAGCGUGGCUGCGCUGAGUCUCCUCUAUGACUACUACAUGAUUCCGAAGCAUAAGACGCUCCUUCCAUCUGGAACAACGGGACGCAAUGAGCUUGGGAAGAGGAACUGUCACACAAUGGAAUAUGAACCAGACAUUUCCUCCUUUGAAAACUCCGCUCAUCUCAUGAAGCUCCUGGCCGAAAACGUUUCCGUGAACCAAGAUUAUUCCGAACUGCCCAAGAAGAAUGGCUUGUGUUUGGAGGGCCUCCCCUCUUCCCACAAGCCGCCGGCUCUGCCUCCUGGCACCAGCAAGUUGGAGGCCAACCCUGAGAACUAUAUGAUCACCUCCGGCGACGUGUAUGACAACGGCUCGCUCAAUUCGCUCUUUGACGCCAUCCAUGUGGCUCCGUCGCAGCAGAGGUGGCAACCAGACAGCACGUUUAAAGAGGAUCCUCAGGAGUCACUGAUCUUCAAUGACAUCCUGAAAUCCCAGGCAGAAGCACCUUGUUCAGAGGGAUAUUCUGUCAAUGAUGCUAAGAGCGACUUUGAAUACACCCUCGGAUCCCCUAAAGCGAUUCACAUCAAGUCAGGUGACUCACCCAUGGCCUACCUCAACAAAGGACAAUUCUACCCUGUUACCUUGAAGGCAGUUGGAGAUGCCAAAUGUUUACACUUGUCCUCAAAUAAAGUGAAGAGCGUUGUGAUGGUGGUUUUCGACAAUGAAAAGAUUCCAAUGGAGCAGCUCAAGUUCUGGAAACACUGGCAUUCGCGACAACCCACGGCCAAGCAAAGAGUCAUCGAUGUCGCUGACUGUAAAGAGAAUUUCAAUACCGUGCAACACAUUGAGGAGGUGGCUUACAACGCUUUGUCCUUUGUCUGGAACAUUGCUGAGGAAGCAAAGGUGUUUAUUGGAGUGAAUUGCUUGAGCACCGAUUUCUCCUCCCAGAAAGGUGUGAAGGGUGUCCCUCUGAACCUCCAAGUAGACACGUACGACUACAGCAGUGGGACAAACAGGCUUAUCCACCGAGCUGUCUGUCAGAUCAAAAUAUUUUGUGACAAGGGAGCAGAGAGGAAGAUGCGAGAUGAUGAACGGAAACAGUUCAGGAGGAAGGGGAAAUGCUUGGACGCUAAUAAUAACGGUUUGAAAAGCUGUUUGGUUUCAGGCUUCCGAGGGAAUGAAAUCACAUAUCUCAAGCCACAGACCGACCUGGAAACCCAGCCUGUUUUGUUUAUCCCAAAUGUCCAUUUUUCAAACCUCCAGAGGUGUGGAACGGUCUUGCCCACCGCUGGUGUUCCUCAUGACCCUAGCAGGUUGCCUUUGAAGCGGAGCUGCCCUUCAUUCCCAGAAGAAUUUGACCCGCUCGUCGCAAAACAAGCGAAGGAAGAAGACCCUCAACGAGUCAUGCUGUACGUGCGGAGGGAAUCCGAGGAGGUGUUCGAUGCCCUCAUGCUGAAGACGCCAGACCUCAAAGGCCUGAGGAAUGCUAUUUCCGAAAAAUACGGUCUGCCUGAAGAAAGCAUCUACAAAGUCUACAAAAAAUGCAAACGAGGAAUCCUGGUGAACAUGGACAACAACAUCAUCCAGCACUACAGCAACCACAUGGCCUUUUUGUUUGACGUGGUGGAAGCCAACGAGAAGUUCCAGGUAACCCUCAAGGAGCUUUGAAAUCUCCGGUGGCUGCACUUAUGCUCUGAUGUCACUAGCGAAGCGAAGGAGUUCGUACCACCACCUCUACGUCACGGCCAUCCGGCUUGGAGCGUUUAACAUGGACAUAGUCCCACCAGGAGGGACUUCCGCGCAAGAGAAAGACAGUAUCGUGGCUCCCCAUGUGAAGAGCGCCUGGAAAAAUCUAUUCUCAUUAUUAACGUGGAACUGCUGUCC